AUGAAAGGGGUUCUUGCUAUGGAGCCUUCUUCAUAUGCUGGUUACGAGGAUCCAAGGACUAGAUUCAAGCAUCAGAGUCUCAUGCAAGACUAUGAAGAGCUGCAGAAGGAUGCAGAGGCCAUGAAGAAGAAAUUGCAAAUGAUGAAACAGAAAAAGUCUACCCUCUUGGCCGAAGUAAGAUUUUUGAGUAGAAGAUACAAAUACUUAAUGGGGAACCAGUCCAUGAACUCUCGACAGAAGCAAGAUGUGGUGAGAACACACAAUUUUGAAACCCAGCGCACCAACAUUAUGAAGGGAAGGAGUUACAGUAAGAAGGAAUCUGCUUUGCGGAUUAAUCAUGCAUUAGACUUAAACCAAAAGGAACGGAUUAAUCAUGGAAUGGAAGACACCUUGCGAAAAUCUGCUCCAAAAUUUGACUUAAACCAGAAGGCGAGGGCUCUUAGCGGGAAGGAAACUACUAUGCAAAAACCAACUCCAAACUUUGACUUAAACCAGAAGGAAAGGAUACAGAUAGUGAAGGAAUCAUCGACAAAGCGAAAGAGUACUCCAGUUUUUGACUUGAACCAGAUUUCGAGAGAGGAGGAGGAGGAAUUCCAAGCUAAUUGUGAACCAUUGAGGAUAGAAGAGCCGAACAAAAGUUUACUUAGAGGGGGAAAUGAUGAGCAGCACAGUGAUAUGAAGUUGCUGGUUUGCAGGACGAUUGGGAAUGGGUCAAAUCGAUCAGGGAAGAGGAAGAUUACUUGGCAAGAUCAGGUGGCUUUAAGGGUUUGA